CUAAUUAUAGGUUAAGAUCCUAUAGAGCGGUAGCAAACAAAGUAUAUUUCCAGCUUUUUCAGAAACCACAUGUCGACAGUGUUGAUAAACGUGAAAAGCUAAUGAAACUUAUUGUUCAAUAAAUCAAAUAAAACUCAGAAUGACAAGGUUUGCUCGAGCUAAAGGCUCCAAAGCCUCAAAUGAACGAGUUCCUGAAGAAUCAACACCUUGGCAUGUUUUGAAGCAACAAUUGGAGUCAUCAGUCACAAAUGAAAAAGAACAAAAACAAAAAACUAAAUCGGCUAAAGAAUUAUUGGAAGAAAAAGAGGAAUCUUUGUAUUAUCCUAGCUUAGACAAUACCAAUACUGAUUGGGCCGAGUUUGAAGAUGUCAAAAAAGCGACAAAGCAUAAAAGUGAUUCUCUACCAGAUACUUCUCCCAAAAAGAAAAUAAAAAAACAUGAAGCUACUGUUAAUGCUAAAGAAGAUGAACUAGUUGAAAAAUCUAAUAGUUUUUCUGAAAGUAAAGAAAACAAUAAUCAUCAAGAUAAAAAGAAAAUGAAGAAAAAGAAACGAGCAGAAAAACGUAAAAAUAAGAAUUCUCAACUUGAGAACGAUGGUAAUGUAAAUAGUGUAAAUAAGAGUAGUGACCAAGACACUGUUUCACAGGAUGAAAGUAAAAAGCCUUCAGUGAUACUUAGCAAGAGACAAAAACGUAAUAGAAAGAAUAAAAAUAAAACGAACAAUAAUACGGAAGAAAAAGGUGCUGAAACAAAUAAGAAAGAUAAUGAUGAAACAUCAGGUAUGUUUAAUGUUGAAGGAAAUGACUGGAAAAAUAAUUUAAAAUUUGGUAAAAGUGAUAAAUCUUCAGAAGAAAAUGAAGUCAAGGAUAACACAGAUGAUAAACAACCUGAUCUAACUGACAAGGUACAUGAAAAGAAGCCUUUCGAUAAAAGUCAUCGAAAUAAUUUUAGAACAAACAAUUUUAGAUCAAAUGAUAAUAGAUUUAAUAAUAAUACAAAAAUGAUAAAAAAAAGAAAACCACCAAAAAUUCGUGAUGACAAAGAACAUAAAAGAAGAAAACCUGAUCCAGGUGCAAGUAAGGUUAUCAUCAAUGGAAUGGAGAUAGAAAUUGUAUUAUACGAUGGUUUUCCAGUUAAAAAAGAAGAUGCUGAUAGAUUAAAAGAAUUAAGAGAGAAAAUGGUAAUGAAAGGUAUCCCAAAAUCGGAUAUAGAUGCAGCGAUGAAGCUAGAAAGAAGAAAAGCUGAGAAAGCGCUAACUCGAGUGAAGAAAAAUGUUUGUUUCCACUGUCGUAAGGCCGGUCAUGUUUUAUCAGAUUGUCCAGAACUAGGUAGAGAAGAAGCUGCUACAGGAAUUUGUUUUAAAUGUGGAUCAACUGAACACACUCAUUUUGAGUGCAAAGUGAAUAAGAAAGAAGAAUUUCGUUUUGCAACGUGUUUCAUUUGUCGGGAACAAGGACAUAUUGCAAAACAAUGCCCUGAUAAUCCAAAAGGUCUUUAUCCACAAGGUGGAGCAUGUAAAAUAUGUGGUGAUGUGACACAUCUCAAGAAAGACUGUCCAGAUUUAGUGAAGGAAAAAGAAGAUAAUACACUAACUCUUGAUACGAUUAGAGACAAUGCAAUAGAAUCAUUGGAUGGUGCUGAAGAAAUAAAAAAACCAGAAAAUAUAAGUAAAACAAAAAAUAAAAUAGUUAAAUUUUAAAUGAUCCUAUGAUUAAAUUAGAUAAUGAUGAUUGUAAUUAAAUUAUUUUUUAAAUAAAAUAUC